AUGCCUGCAUGUUGUUGGGUACCUCUGGUUUCACUGCAGGGCUUCGCUAACAUGAGCCUGGACAAAGUGUUUGCUGGAGGAGCCAACAUAACAGGCUUCCAGAUCAUCAACCCAGAGAACCCUAUAGUCACACAGUUCCUCCAGCGCUGGGAACGCCUAGACGAGAGGGAGUUUCCUGAGGCUAAAGGCACACCACUGAAGGUACAGUACCACACAGCUGUCAAUGUUGUGUGGAAGUUUUAUUUACAGCAUGAAACAUCCUUCUCUCUGCCCAUAUCUACUUCUGGCCCUUUUUCUCUGCCUAUCUGUUCAUCUAUCUGUGUUUCUCUAGCAGUAUCAAAGACAGAACAUUUUCACUCACUUGUCAAAAGGAAGGCUGUACUAUUCUACUUAAAAGCUUUUGUCAAAUUUAACCAGAUAAACUGUCAGUGAGGCAAUAGUAAAAUCAAAGUGGCAAAAAUAGGUUUUCGGUUUGAAAGUACUACAGUAUGAACUAGCUUUGGCAUAUCAGGCAGCAGCAGACUGCCAAUCACCAAUUACUCCUGAAUAAAACAAACCUUGAGGCAGAGUAGCAGUGGGCUGUUCAGCUACUGCUGUACCUACUUGAUAGACUCAUUUUCACAAUUUAUUCAAUUUUCACAUUGUGCUUUAUAUGUAAGCGUGCUCAUUACACAAACCAGCAAGUACCCUUUGGACUGCUCUCAUAAUGUCAUGAUCUGCUGUGGUGGUUGUGUUUCAGUACACGUCGGCACUGACCCAUGAUGCCGUGCUGGUACUGGCAGAGGCCUUCCGGUACCUGCGGAGGCAGAGGGUGGACGUGUCCCGGAGGGGAAGCGCUGGGGACUGCCUGGCCAACCCGGCUGUGCCCUGGAGCCAAGGCAUUGACAUAGAGAGAGCACUCAAAAUGGUAGGAGGGAUCUUCACAGAUGCCCAGGUGUACCCCUGUUACCAUGCCUUUAAAAUAUAGUAGGAUAUUUUGACUAUAUCUUGACUAUCUUUACUUAUUCAGUUGAAUUCUGAAUUCUGCUUACAAACCAAGCAGAGUGGUUGUUUUGUGAAGGUUAUUACGGUUCCUUGUGUCAUGGUGUGCUUGGCAGGUCCAGGUACAAGGUAUGACAGGGAAUAUCCAGUUUGACUCGUUCGGUCGGAGAGCCAACUACAGCGUCGAUGUGUAUGAGAUGAAAGUAGGGGGGCCCAAGAAGGUAAGUAGAAAGCAGUACAGUGGCUUAACAUGCGGAUUACAAUGAAUAAUGAAAUGUUUCUCCAAUACCCAUACAUUCUAAAUGGUAGGAAUUUUGGGUAGGCGAAAAUAUAAAGUUUUAUAGUAUGUGAAAAUUGAGUAUGCUUUAAAUGCCAGGAUGUCACACUCAUUUCGGCUUUUCAUCUAGUAUAAUUCGAUGCACACUUAAGGAAGAGAAUAGAUUUUUUUUCCCCCACGUGUUUUUGACAACAGCUGAUAAUCAGACAUGGUGACACGCUGUACCAAAAUGAAUGAAUGGUGGGAAUCAACACAAUUGCACAUUAGAUUAUGCAUUCUCAGUAUGGAUGAGCCAAGUAUGUUGAUAUUUGUUGCUUCAAUUUCAUUAAACAGGAUGUUCUAAAUAGUAUGUAGUAGGAUAGUACACAGUAUGCAGUUUAAGUCAUACCAGUCCUCUUUCUUUCUUUCUUUCUUUCUUUCUUUCUUUCUUUCUUUCUUUCUUUCUUUCUUUCUUUCUUUCUUUCUUUCUUUCUUUCUUUCUUUCUUUCUUUCUUUCUUUCUUUCUUUCUUUCUUUCUUUCUUUCUAACUGAGAUUACAUGUUAAGCUAGCUCAGUUAUAUGGACUGUAAAUAUCAAUACACAAGUAAUUACACAUUAAAUAUUUUAGUAGUUAAACAUUAGCAUGACUCCAUGACCUCGUCCUGCAUGCUCCCUUUGUGCUCUGUCAUACCUGGGGCAGAGGGGGCCAGAAAGGGGAUACACCAAGGCUGUCUGGAGUAGUGAUAUUAUAUUAGCCAGUAACCCCACUACCCCCCACACAUACUGGCCUACGAUUCGGGCGCUGUCGCCAUGGUAGCUCUUUGGCUCUGAACUCUGACGGGGUGCCCACAAAAUCUAGGACCAAAAGGAGGUGCCCCCACAUUGUCCACAUAGCUCAGCUCAUCUGGCCCACUGCAACACAGCGACCCAUAGGUGUACACACACUGUGAGGCAAUCUGCAGUGAGAGCUGAGUGAGGAGAGAAUGAAAAUUGAACAGAACAGAAAAAAUAAUAGAAUACAACAGAACGGAAAAGAACAGCAGAACAGAAAAAAACUGAACAGAUAGCUAGAACAAAUGAAUAGACAUUUUGUAAAUCUCAGCAGUUAUUGAAUAGGUUCACAGAUGUCAGAUGUACAUUUUUAGUAGCAGCUCUACAUAUGCUUAAUAUUUAUACAUAUACACAAGCAUUUCGCUCCACCCGCUAUAACAUCUGCUAAACACGUGGAUGGGACAAAUAACAUUUGAUUUGAUUUGAUGAGCAGAAGCCCUCACUCUGUAAAUUGCAACUGAAAUAGCUUAUGGCUGAAUAAGACAUAUUUAUUCUUUUUUUUUUUCUGGUAUUAGUAUUGCCAAGCAGCAUGCGAGGAGCAUCCCACUGGGCACAGACGUCAGUUCAACGUUGAGUUGUCAACUAUUGUGUAUUCAACGUGAAAUCAACAAAAAAAUUCACCAUCUCAUUGGAAUUAGGUUAAAAGUUUGGUGAAAGAAAUGACGAAAUUCCCUUACGUUGAUGACUUUUUGCGAAUCCAAUGAGUUUUCCAUGUUGAUUCAACUUAAUCACAUACAUUGUUGGAGGUUGAAAUGACGUGGAAACAACAUUGAUUCAACCAGUUUUGCCCAGUGGGAUUUGAUGAGCAGUAAUGUAUGGUUAUGUAAAGGACCAGUGACUGAGAGGGAGAUUAGCUGAGAGUUGAAUGCUCUUUUCCCCCACUGUAUCUGUAGCAGAGGUUGGAGCUUCAUCUCCAAGCACAGCGCCAGUACAGGGCUUUUUAUCUCACGUAUCAUCACAUACCCCCCUUCAGGCCAAGACUCUCAUCAGACAUGCUCACCUGCCAACUGCACUUGGAGGCUUUACUUGCAAAUGUCUUUUAAAUGGCUGUUUCUUGUAAUAACUAUGAUGUUUCUGUCACUUUCAGACCGGGUACUGGAAUGAAUAUGAAAAAUAUGUAUAUAUUGUGGAUGCGCAGGUCACCAACGAGUCCUCUUCUGUGGAAAACCGAACGAUUGUGGUCACUACUAUUAUGGUACACUUUCCAAGCAGAUUUUAAAUGUUCCACCUCUAAAAAAUUCUGCCACUCAAGGUCAAGGUGUCCAUUGUUACAUUCUGUCCUGGGAGGGUAGAACUAUUUUCUUUUGAGUUGCUUUCCAUCCACUCACUACAUGUUGAAACAGUCGAUGCACAAAGAGUGUUUCAACUGUAUCCGUGUGGGUGAUAAAGCAUUUUGAUUUUCCAUAUUACGGUGGCCUGUUGUAGCAGUGACAUCACAAUAACGGCUUUGGUAAUGAAACUAGUUAGAGCCUAUAGACUUCAUCUAAUACACAUUCAGUGCAUACGUACGUAAGUAAAAACCUGUUUCUUACUCAUUAAGUAAAUGGUCAAUGAUGACGGGGAUAGAUACAACAAAACGUCCUGUAAUGAUAAAUUGUUUCUCUCUGGGGACGCAAAAUAACUGCCAUUUGAGGAGGACAUAAAAAGCUUUGGUUUGUUUAUCCCCUUGUUCAAAUCUAUUUUGAAUCGACCAUUAUGAGUUCUGUACUGAAGUAUAACCUCUGCGGCUUCCUCCAAUAUCCAGAGAUAUUAGGGGUCAAAGGUCAGGGAUAGUUAGAGAUAUUAUAGAUAAGGUAUUUUUAGUUCAAGCAGAGAGAUUAAUAAAAAUCAGCAGGAUGUAUAUACAGUUAGUAAGAAUACAUUGGUCAUUUUUAAAUGUAAAAUAAGGUAAGCCUUAUCUUACAUUUAAAACGAUGGCCUUCUUUCUGACUCUGCCUAUUAUGUCCUCAUCUUAGGCAAAUUCAGAAUACGAAAGUCAGGCAAUAUCAUCUAGAUGUAAGCAUGUCAUGAUCACACUCAUAAAUACUAAGGAUACUUCUGAUAUACACAGGGAAAUGGUAGGACCAUUGUAAUGUUUUGAUAGCAAUAUCGUUACACCACUCAUGUAGUGAUCAUGCGUUAGUCUAUUGACAUUGUAAAUUGACGAUGGUCAUCUCAUUAUGCAUCAGAAUUAGCUGUAUUUUACUUUAUUAUUUUGGAACCCAGUCCUAAUAGCACAGAGAGGUGAAAAGAUAACUUCAGCACAGAAAUAAAGAAAUUGACCAUUGUUUUACCCACUGGCAUCCCUUAUGUUCCUGACACUUUUGAUUUUGGAGCCAAGCCUAAAAGAAAACCAACCCCACCUCAGUGUUUGAAGAGCCAAGCACGUGUAUUCACUCCUCCCAGUGUAUUCUGUAUGGAAGAUAAGCUCAGGAGUUGGUUUGAUUAGUUGGAUGAUGCAGCCUCCCAACACAUUCAUCUAUGUGUUUGAUGGUGUUGCAAUAAGAACUAGCACUACUUUAAUCCCUCGCCAAUCACUGCCAUUUACUUGAUGAACUGGAAAGUGUCUCAAUCCCUGUUCAACCUGUCCCUGUCCUAGUAAGCCGAUGCAAAGCGUAUGCACCCUCCACCCGGCCCCUUCCUCCUUAGAUUUGUAGCUGGGUUUAGCAUGAGGAAUCCUGCUGAGAGAACCAGCCCCACUCCUUCCCCCUUUAUGCCUGUCUGUCAUAGGCCUUACUAACCCCACUGGCCCUUCCGGGCCGGCCCUACCUCUAGCCCGCUGCAUGCCCGUGUGACCAACUCCGUAUGGCGCUUCUUGUCCAUGCUGUUCUGUUUGUAUUUCCUGUCCUUGUGCUCUGUGUCUGUCUAUGUCUGUCUAUGUCUGUCUAUGUCUGUGUGUGUGUGUCAUCCAUGCAUGUGUGCAUGCGGGUUAAAGAGGACUGGCCUCAAGAGGACUGGCCUCUGUGAAUGGAAUGUGUGCAUGUUAUAAACUCAACAUUAUGUUUAAUUAACAGGAGUCUCCUUAUGUGAUGUACAAGCGAAACUACUUGUCGCUGGAGGGGAAUGACAGAUAUGAAGGCUACUGUGUCGAUUUAGCUGCCGAAAUUGCAAAACAUGUGGGGAUAAGAUACAAACUGUCAGUAGUUGCGGACGGGAAGUAUGGUGCAAGGGAUCCAGAGACCAAGACGUGGAACGGGAUGGUGGGUGAACUGGUAUAUGGGGUAAGUGACAGUCUCGACGUACUGAAGCACUGUCACCAACACAGGGACGGGGGCUUGGCCAGCUCUGGCUUGAGGUAUGUGGGCCAGAUCUGGUUUACACACCUAAACCAGAUCUUCUGCAUGAAAAGGACAGACCUUGCCCAGCAGGGUGAAUGUGACCCACAUUCAUUCAAAAGUGGCCCGGCAACUACGGGUACUUGUUAGGGUCACAUAUCACAAGCCAGAGCUGGCUCAUAAGCAAAGUGUGCCUGCCCUCGCCCUGGUCGCAUCUCCCACAUUCGGACCAGAUCUGGCCUUUUACUGUUGCGGUGGCAGCACUGAUCCAUAUGUGCCACCCAGCAACCAGAUCUGGCCCGCAAUCCUCUACUGACUGGAUGUGUGCUUUUCUCCAUAUGUAUCUCCAUAAAUCAGAUCUUAAUUGAAAGAUUGAUUACUGUAUGUUAUGAACCACUCACUGCAUAUGUAAGUAUGAGCCCAUUUUCUUCUUUCAUAAAACCCCAACUGGUUAAUGUUUCAUUAAGGGACAGAUGACAGACAGACUGGGAAGUGAAAAUGAAAGACAUCUGCGUGUCAGUUUGAAUGCAAGCAGCAAUAAUUUGAAUGCAUCUUAAUUUAACACGAAAAAGCAUAUUCCUGUCAUAUUGAACAUUUUACCAACCAUUCUGCCAAAUGACAGCCGUGCCUCUUCAGAGAGCUGAAAGAGAGAGAGAUGAUCCCCUGUUAUAAUUGACAGGCUUUGUACAAGCCCUGAGACACCUCUCUGCAUCAACAAUGCAUCCUCUAGACCAUUAAUUAGCCAUUCACAUGCAAAUGAGCCAGUGAUAUAUUGAGACAAGGAGUGGCUGGGAGCUGUGUUUUUCACAGGGAUGAUCCUCACUAAGAUGAUCCCAGCCCUUGCAUUGCAUUUACAUAUUUAUAAGACAAGGCUGUGUCCGGUUGUGACUCUGACUCUGGGAACUGAAAAGCUAUCAAUGGGAACAUAUAUUACCUAUCUGCGAUUUUCACUAAUAAGGCUAGGAGGCUUUGAAGACAAUCUGAUAAAGGAGUUGAAUUUUCCAGGCGGAUUCAAAUAUCAUGGGCUGUUUCAUUAGCUCUUCAACCUCCUGUUUCCAUACCUUCUACUUCAUAGAAGGAUUUGACUGAGUAAUGUGCUCUUUUGGAUUAAGGCAGAGACAUUAGCCACUACUAAUGCUAACUGAGAUUGUCCCAUUUUAAGCUGGCGGGUCUCACUUUCUUCUUAAACAUAUCUGACAUUAAAUGCAUUAAUCGUUCUAAUCCACCAUUUCAUUUUACCAUGCUCCAUCUCUACUCAUUGGUUUCAUCAAUACAUUAUAAAUCUGUUAUAGCCAUAAUGAGAUAUAAAAAAUAGCCUGAUGACCAGAUUUUGAUCAAGACAUUUUUAUGGGCAUUCUAUUUAAAAAAAAUCAAAGUCAGGCUUUGAUAACACAGGCAGUUUGAUGUGAUGUGCCUGUGUUCUGUUUUGAACCACUAACUCCUCCUGUGCCUGUUCCCAUUUUUCCAGAGAGCUGAUAUAGCAGUGGCUCCUCUAACUAUAACAUUGGUACGAGAGGAGGUGAUAGACUUCUCUAAGCCUUUUAUGAGCCUGGGGAUCUCCAUUAUGAUAAAGAAGCCUCAAAAGUCAAAGCCGGGCGUGUUCUCCUUCCUGGACCCGCUGGCCUAUGAGAUCUGGAUGUGCAUAGUGUUUGCCUAUAUCGGCGUGAGCGUGGUGCUCUUCCUGGUCAGCCGCUUCAGCCCCUAUGAGUGGCAUCUGGACGAAAACGACGAGGCCAAAGACCCUCAGAGCCCUCCAGACCCACCAAACGACUUUGGGAUUUUUAAUAGCCUGUGGUUCUCUCUGGGCGCCUUCAUGCAGCAAGGAUGCGAUAUCUCGCCAAGGUUGGUUACUGUACUCCAUGUUCCAUCACCUCAAACUCAGCUAUCCUCAUCAUCUACAUACUGUACCAUCUCUCUGCAUUUUAUGGUCAUAAUCACUACAACUCCCAUAAUGCCAUGGUGCGUAUAUGUUAUUUUUGGGUUUGGUCUUGACUUUUUUGCUAUCCAGCCCACCCCAUCCACCUACACUCCAUCUCUCCCUCAUACUCUUCAAACACCCCCCCCACCAUUCUUCACUCUCUCACUCUUUCUCUCCAGGCUGCAUGCUAGCAGUGAUGCAUCGCAUCCAUAAAAUAACUUAUAUCCACCAUGCCGGGGACUGUAAAAUGCGCAGGGUCAUUACAUCCCUGAGUAGUUUCUCCUAUUCCCGAUGACUCUUGGAGGGCUACCGUGUUUUUGCUGCAUGUCCCAUUUUGUGGUCAUCAGCCUGGUGCAUAUAAUGUAUUUAAAGUGGAAAACAUUUUUAUGCAUUUGCACUCUGAUGAAGCACCUUAAUAGCAUUAUAUUUGGCCCCCACCUCAUGACUAAUUUCAUUAUUUUUCAUAUAGACAAAAAGUCACGUCCUCUCCCUCCUCUUUUCAUUCAUUCAGUCCAUCUAUUCACUCAUCAUCACUGUUGUGGGGUGUCCCUUGUUCCUUCUCGGGGGACUGUCAUUGUUCAAGCUGUCCCUCCUCAUCUUGUCUGGGAUGUCAGGCCAUUCUAGUCCAUCUGAAAGAAGAUCAAUGACAGAGUGUUCCAGGCCAUGUUGAUCAGAGCUGAGCAUCAGUCUCACCUGAAUAGUGAUGGCUACAGUGCUAUAGGGUGGGUAACGGUCCUCUGACAUCAACACUUAAACAUGGAUCGUUCGGAUUCGUUCCUCAGUUAUAUUUUACCUUACUGUCUCCAUGAAAAGGAUAAAAGGAUUUUUGUUUUGAAGCAUUACUCAAGAAAUAGAAGUGUGUUGCGUACUGAAAGCUGAGUGGUGGCCUUCCAUGAGUAGGAGAAAGUCACCUCUAAAUAAAAGGCAAGCUAUUUAAUCCUAUUAAUCCCAGAAAGAAACACAAAACAUUCUGUGGCGAGUUAGGAUUUCAUUUCUGUCUGGUACUAUUUGAAGAGCCCAUAAAAUGCCAAAAGAGUCAAUGCCACGGAUUUGAUGAAGACGAUUUAGUAAAUGUCACUCUCCCGCUUGGAGUAUCGGUUUACGUGAUAGACUACAGUAAGCUUAAGGUUAGUAGUUACCUUGCCAAUGGGGAUCGUCAGCCUCAUUGAAGCAGAUGCACAAUAACCUCUGCUUGCUGUGUUUGUGUGUGGUGUCAUUCAGCCACAACACAGCCCUCCAGGCAAGCAUCAUAGAGCAACCAGGCUGGUACAGCAUCUCUUUCAGCAACACCAUGUUUUUCUCUGUGUAAAGAGCAUUAUCGUUGAGGUAUGUGGGUGAGAUUUGACAUAAAUCCAAGAUCAUUCCAUGGCAAUGCUCUGAGGCGGUGCAUUUAUGUCAAUACGUGGUGUGUGAUACCCAGACUGCAGAUACACAGACUCUAAACAGGAAUCAGUGGACUCCAAACGCAUGGCAGCCUCCAUCCCUUUGUCAGUGUGUAGGUUUGAGCACCCUGCUCUCACGUCCCUCUGUCCUCCUCCUUCCCUCUCUCAGGUCUCUGUCGGGCAGAAUCGUGGGGGGUGUGUGGUGGUUCUUCACCCUUAUCAUCAUCUCUUCCUACACGGCCAACCUGGCUGCCUUCCUCACAGUGGAGAGGAUGGUGUCUCCCAUAGAGAGUGCUGAGGACCUGGCCAAGCAGACAGAGAUCGCCUACGGUACCCUAGACUCAGGCUCCACCAAGGAGUUCUUUAGGGUGAGUGACUAAGCUAACUGGGGGUUUAUUCCCCAGACACAACUUAAGUCUCUUUACAGUUAGAAAAAAACGUAGUAAAAAACCCCAGACAAGACAUCAAAGGAAGGAGCACAGGGAAUGGUAUAGAUAUUUAGUUAUGUUUGAUACCUGACAGAAAAUAUGGAAGUAGCUAUGAUAAGAAGUAUUUAAGAAAGUCAUGCUACAAUACACAAGACAGGUGGCUAUCAGAGUCUGCAUGUGAACGACUGAGCAGCCAUUCCAGGGGACUUUUGAGAGAGCGAGAGAGAGAGCGAGAGAGAGAGCGAGAGAGAGAGAGAGAGAGAGAGAGCGAGAGAGAUUAAUUAAUAAAUAGAGGCUCCAGAUACAUUUUAAAUAUGUUCUUCAGGAAAGAUGUGCUGCUUAAUUAGAGUCAUAUAGCCACCAGGCAAAUGGAAAUCUGCUCUGAUGACACACUGGCAGGUCAUCCCUCAAAUGGCUGAACUUCACUUUCCCUCCUCUCCCUCACUCCUUUCAGGAUUUACCGUAGUACAUCACAUGCUCUCCCAACUGCUCCCUCACCUUUGUUGUCAAUGUGUCGGAAGAAUAAUAUUCAGACAUAUGAAAUUGAUUUUUUUUCUCCAUUUAUUGUCAUGGGGCAGCAGGUUGCCUAGAGGUUAAGACCGUUGGGCCAGUAACCGAAAGGUUGCUGGUUCGAAUCCCCAAGCCGACUAGGGUAAAAAAAUAUGUUUGACAAAAUCUUAGGUAUGGCAGCCUGUAUGUGAUACAUGAAGAUAAAUUAACUGAGCUCAGAGAUCUCAUUUCCAAAGCAGGCAUGUGCAUGUUAUAGAUCCUGAUUUAUGCUAGGAAAUGAAUUAUGAAUCCAAUGAAAUUGCAGGUUUUUGUUUGAGUUACAUAUGUUGUUUCCAGAGAGUAAAUCUGAAUACUUUUGGCAGUCGUAUAACUGUCCAGAAGAACAUCCAAGAAUUGCAUGUGGACAGGCACUCUGCAUACAGACAGAAUGCAAAUGAUUUAUUUGCCAACUCAUCCCUACUUUGGAUUGCCAGUGGGGUGGACCUGAGCAAACAGCCGUGAAGCAUUCAGAGCACAUAAAUGGAGAGUUGAUAGAUGGACUGACAGCUGGAGGUGUUUGUGUUGCACUGUGGGAGCCAGCUCAUCUGCUCAUUAAUAUUUAUUUAUUUUGCAAAUGGAUUCUGAGGCCGGGAAAUUACUUACAAUGUGCUUUUUUAUGUUGUAGUAUAGAUGAAUAUAGAUUUGCGUUUGAACAAAAGAGAUCUUUAGCCCACAUAUGAUUGCUGAAACCAAAUAACACAAGCAGAGGAGCUGGACACAUCUUUACCCAGACAUUACCCUCUGUUUACACAGCAUUGCUAAGCCUGUCAUGAACUAUCACUGUCAUUUACCAUUAUUUACAUGAACGGUCCCUCCCACCGAAAUGUCAAGCGUGAUUCAAUCACGGCCCCAAAUUCAUUACAUAUCCAGCUACUGCUGAAAUUUUCAUGAUACAAUGCAGGGAGACAGCUUUAUUUUAUUCAGAAAUGCAUUGAUAUUGAUGUUCUGUUAGAUGCAUCCAUCUUUCAGAAUGGAUUGAGCAGAUAUUAUCAUGUAACUACUGUCCAAUGCAUAUGCUAUAAUAUAUAACAUCCAUAAUAUCAGUCUGAUCAGGUCAGGUGUCUUAAACUUGGCUCUUGUAGUCCAUCUGACAUAAUACCGAAAAUAAUUUGUCUUGAUAUGUUUUAAGUGAUAACAAAAGUGCUCUCACCGGGGUUUCAGUAUUAACAUUUAAAGCACCUUCCGUGAAAUUUACAGGAUUCUCUGGUCACAUUCAUUCAUGUCACCUGUAUUGUGUAAAUGCCAUCUCCCCUCUUACCUUCAGUGGAGACAGCUCAGGUUCCCUUCCCUCCAGUCUAUUAUGGCUUCUCUUCCUGAGAACUGGGCUGAGGGCCCUGCUGCACAAAAGGCCCCUUUUUCAAAAAGAUAAACCGAUUUGAAUCUUCCUUUUGCCGGACAAUCAUGGAGGUGUAAAUAGCAUUAAUAGGAGCUGAAUGUACUGCAGAUUUUCACUGAUUUUGUCAGUGGAAAAUAUUUGCCCUUGAUCUAGACACCCAUAAGGGUUCAACAUCUGUUGGUGCAUAAGAAUCAACAGCUUCCACGGAAUGUCCCGCUGAGCAACCCCAACCCCGCAAUCACCUCCCAUAUGGUCUCUCCCUGUACUCUUUAAAUGAGUGUGUGAUGCAGGGGGUAAAAUUCACCUCUCUUGGGGGGUGAUAUUGGGAAUAAGUUGUAAGGGAAGGUGACUCCCCAUUGUUCGAGAUUACAUACUAAGUCAGCUCAAUUUCACUCAAUUCAUUGGUGUGCUGUGAGUGUAAAAGCAACUGUCACUGAUGAGAACGGUAUGACAGUCUUGACAUUUGUGAAUAUUAGGUGAAAUAUGUGAGCAGAGUGAUGCUGAUGCCAACAUAGCAGCAGAUGGUGAAUAUGCAUAUCAGAGACUAAUGUUUUGACUGCAGCAUUGCUUGUUUUUCUCUUGAUUAAUAAUGAACAUGUUGACUCAUAUUUGGCUCAUUUAUUGAAUACCCCCUGAUCUGAUGCUACUCCCUGACAUAUCAGUUGUUCUGAGAACACCAGCCAUCUCUACAGGAUACAGUGCCAUUAUGUUCAAGGUGUUCAUUAUGUUCAACAGCCCUAUUUAUAGUUUACAUUACAGUCCAAAGAUGGAAUCAUCAAGUUUAUUAGGAGUCAAGCUCAUCCCUCCCAAUAAAGAGCAGAGGAGCAGUGAAGAGGGUCUCAGGCCGUUAGGGGUUCUGUAGACUAUUAGGAUCCCAAAUCAGCUGUCACGGUGCUGUCACCUCCCCAGACCCACAGCACUCUGUCAGCACUUGUGUCAUAAUUAUGACAGUCAGAGUCAUGUAAUAUAUUCAUAUUCUGCUAACUCCGCAUGAAAUGAAGUGACAUUGGGUUUUCUGUAUACAGCCACCUCUGUUAAACCGGUUGACACGUUCUAUGAGGAUUUACUGAAUUCAGAGUAAUAUGAGAAAGUGUCUGUUAUGUUUGCGCUGGUGUGCCACCACCUGAUAGAAGAAACAGCUGAACGUCCAGCUAAUUAUAUCCCCAAAGCUUAAUUAGUCAGUCAAUAGCCAGCAGGAACUUUGGAAACUUUUCCCCCCUCAGAGCUCCUGCUGGGUCUGUAGACUGAUUUUGGAGAGCACACCAGAACUGGUGCUUAAUGCACAAUCAAUAUGGAUUAGAGAGGAAUUAGGUGAGAGAUGCUUUAUGCUAAUUUUGCCCUUCUUAGUCUGUGUGUGUGUGUGUGUGUGUGUGUGUGUGUGUGUGUGUGUGUGUGUGUGUGUGUGUGUGUGUGUGUGUGUGUGUGUGUGUGUGUGUGUGUGUGUGUGUGUGUGUGUGUGUGUGUGUGUGUGUGUGUGUGGUGUGGGUGUGGAUGUGUGUGUGUGUGGGUGGGUGGGCGGGCGGCUGGCUGUAUGUGAUCAAUCUGUUUAUCUGGUUAGUACAGUCAUACAUUUCACACUACAAUUCACAAUGGUCCACAGUAGCCAAGCCAUACUGUAAUUUGAUAUGUAAUGUUAGAUUUAGCUUGAUUCAGCUAAUAAUGGUGAGCCCAUUGUUCAUUAAAAAGUGAAAAAGAUAUGACCAAGCAAAUACUUGCCAGAAAUGGACCUUCUCAGAUCAAAUAGUAUAAUCUAUUUAUCAACAUUAUAUGAUGUUAUUUGGAGCCCUGGGCAAUAGCCAUAGAUAUAAUUGCCAAGUUGACUCUGCAUUAAGCAUUCACUUGCUAAUUGAAUCCAUGAAUAGGCUAUUUAUACGCAUUACUUUUUUGAUCGUGAAAACUUCCAUUGCAAAGUUUCCUCCCAGGCAGUCAGUGUUUUCCCCACUCAGUCGGUCACUCGGCGGAAGGUCACAUUAACCUAGUUUAGCCAGCCACUCAAAGGCCAUUUUUAGACGCAGCUCCCUGGGUGUGAGUCAGUCUGGGCAGGGCAGGAGGCAGACCAGGGCAGGGCAGGGCAUGGCUCUGUUUUCCUAUCAGCACAUCAUCUUGCUGCUCCAGGUGGCAGCAGCCCCACUGUUCCAUCCAGGUGACACCUCCAGAACCCCAAAGUCAAACGGCACACUGACUCACUUCCUGUCUUGUGACCUCAUGGGGUGAAGGGGGGAUGUUGAAAGGGAGCAGGUGGUCAGUCAAGUGGUCGUCCUGUCGAUGAAUGCUGAGGAGAAACAUGGCCCUGCAGUUUUGUUUGUAGUGUGCUGCCAGCUUGUCAGAUCUCAGAUCUGCUGUUGGCAACAGGCCCACUACAACAACUCCUUUACUCAGCUCUCUGGGAGCACAGCACUCUAAUGACUCAUGGCAAAGAUGUACACUGUAUAUGAAGGUGUAUGUGUGUGUUUUAAGUGUGUUAUUUAAGCACUGAAUGCUAUGGUCUACAUUUUUUAAAUACACCACUAACCUGUUUUUGUCUUCUCUCUCCCUCUCUCCCCAAAUGCAGCGCUCCAAAAUAGCAGUUUAUGAAAAAAUGUGGUCUUACAUGAAAUCGGCUGAACCGUCAGUGUUCGCCAAGACCACACCAGAAGGGGUUGCCCGAGUGCGAAAGUCGAAAGGCAAAUUCGCCUUUCUUCUUGAAUCCACUAUGAAUGAGUACAUUGAGCAGCGGAAACCUUGUGACACCAUGAAAGUUGGCGGCAACCUCGACUCUAAGGGAUACGGUGUGGCCACACCUAAAGGCUCAGCAUUAAGGUGGGUGGGAUAAUAUAACAAUAUUCUCCAUGUUGUUAUAGUAUUCCACCUACCCUGAUGUCUCGUGUUGUCCCAUUUCUCUUCUUCCUCAUUCCUUACUUUUUCUUUUUUGAGGUUCAUCAGGAAGUAAAAGGUAUUUAUUACGGAUGUCGGAUCUUAACUUGAUCACUCUUUUGUCGCAUAGAAUUUUCCUGCUGCAUCAGGAAAUUCAAAUGAGCCUUGUGAAUCCCUGAAAAUAAUAAUAAUCUUUCUCUCCUUGCAGGGGCAGUCAAGUCAUUGGGAUCAGGGCUUUCUAUCAAAAUAAUGUUAUCGCUCGCUAGGCCCCGGUCCUAUUACUGCAACAUUUAAAUGUACAUAAAUGUAUCUGAAAUUCAGCCAUUCACAUCUACAACCGUCGUUUUUAUAUAGCUUAAUAACACAAGAUAGAUAUUGGUCUCCAAUAGGCUACGACAUAGAAGUGUCAAGUGUAUCCUAAGGUUACGAAUGAACUGUCAAAAUUGAGUUCAAUCGUGGCCUGGGGUGGUCUAGUGGUUAGGGCCGCUGCCUUCGGGGCCCACAUAUAGGCCUACCAUGUCGGCCAUCGCCUUUCUGGCACAAACAACUCAAUCCCCCCGAUUUACCUGAUUUAAAUUACACAUUUCAAAUAUGGACAGUCCAGGGAUAUUCUAGCCCCGAUCUUGAUAAGAAAUGACCAUAACAGACACUUUUGGAUAACACAAGUAGGAAGCAAAUAAAAUAAUAACAGUAGGCUACACCAACAUUAGUUUCCAUUCAUACAAAGUGUUGGGUAAAUUGCCACAGUAGAUUUGCGUAGUAAAGGAGGAAAAAAAUGUUUCUAUUGUAUGGAGUGCUUGUCAAUCGCCCUUAGUCUGUUCAAAAAGGGCUAAGUUGUUCCAAUGACAACACCAACCAGAGGGCGAUACCUUGAAAGACUUUGGUUGCAAGUGUAACACGUGGGAUAUGAACCAAGGUCUCCCACAGGAGUAACCAACAUCUUAGACCGUUUUAGACUCUUGGGCCGAGGGCAGACACUGGUUUUGAAGUUCACAGGUGGGGCUACCACAUCACGUGACCAUGACCGACUCAUGUCCGCUACACAAGCAGGACUAGGUAACACCGUCAUCAUCUUUUAGGGAGUAAUAAUGAGGUGACCAAUAAUGGUUGCAAUUGAGAUCAGUUGUGUGGGUGAAUUUAGAGUGUAUUGAUGGUUGCAAUAGGCCCCUUGUUAUUUGAUUAUAUUCCAAUAGGCUACAUUAUGUAGGCUACCCGUUAGCCUAUCCACUGUCACAUAAUGAAAGGUGUGAAAACCGAUAAUAACCUACUGUUUGUGUUUCCCUGGCUGAGUUGAUGAGCUGAUUUGGGCCAUCAGUUGAUUGACAGAGGUAGGCCUACUGUAGAACGAUAAACUUUCCUCCAGUGUGGAUGCUCGCCCACGUUUUAUAGUUAGGCUAUGUAUAAUUAGUCAAUUUAGGUAUGGUCUUUGGUGUGGAUUAAAAGCCUGUAUUGUGUAAUAUUGUUUAAUAUUUCAUUUCGUAAAGCUGUCAAGAUGUUUAUGCAUUUGAGCCUAUCCAAAGACGAUUUUGUUGAGCUGAGACACUUUUCUCUGAUGUGUAAAUUAUCAGACUAUUCAUUUUACUUCUUGAAAAUGUUGAAAUAAAUGCAGAUAACUAAGGGCCUAAGGUAGGCUCAGGCUUGUCACUAGAUCGCCCAGCAUUGGGCGCAAACUCAUGAAACUCGCAGGCGGAGCGAGUUACUUAGACCACUGCACUAUGGGCAGGUCACAAUGCUUUAACAAGCACAAAGAAAAACAGAUUUUCCCUAACGAAAAAUACAUCUACCCCCUACAAAUAUGUCAAUUUAUUAUAAUCCACACAUAGACUAGAGAAGGUAGCCUACAAUGUAAGUAUGGUCCUGCAUUGUCUACAAACACUGCUUCCAGCAGCCCCCUGGUGGCGAUUCUAAAUAUUUAUUCAGAUAUUCAAAUCCUCCUGCUGCAGGAUUAUUUUCCUCCUACGACGAAACUGGUCAAAUUAAGAUCCGACAUCUGUAGGUGUUUCUUUAACCCUCGUCUAGACGUAAAGCGAUUUCUGUCAUGUUCUUUCUAUUUCUAUGGUUUGUUUCUGUCUGUGUUGCUGUCUUUUUCUUUCUCUUUAAAGGGAAAGUACUCUUGGUAUAUUAGACAUAUUUACUAAAUCCAUUUGUAUGUUGAUAUGCCCCCCCACCCACCCCUGUCGUUUGUUUUUCUCUUCCCCUCAAUCUUUCCUCCCUCUGUUCUCUGUGGUGUCCCUCUCUGGCAGUUCUGUAUUGCUUCUAAUUUAACAGUUCAAUGUGUUUCUUUAACUUAACUUGCUAAAAGCUGCACUGUCACUUAUGAUGAAUGUUAAUGUGCAUGCUGAAUGUUGUCGUUAUACUUCUAUUCUCAAUGACAGUGUCCCAUCCCCCACACUUCAGUUCUGAGCAAUGUAACCCUCCAUACCACCACUCUAAUAUUUAACACUUUCUUUGCUGUAAAACGCUUCUUACCUCUCCACACCGGUGAAAUUCUUUACCGAUUUGUCCUUUUCGUGCUCCCCCUUAUGAAUCAUUUGAUAUUAUUACUAUUAUUACAAUUGACUAAUAUUAUAGUAUUAGAUUUCUCACGGACCUGUUCAUUUUCUUACAAGUUAUGUUUUAUCGUUUCAAGAAAUGCUGUUAACCUGGCAGUGUUAAAACUGAAUGAGCAAGGCCUCUUGGACAAAUUGAAAAACAAAUGGUGGUACGACAAGGGAGAGUGCGGCAGCGGGGGAGGUGACUCCAAGGUCAGCCUCAAUGUCACCAAAAUCGGGUAUCGUAGAGUAGAGUAAUCGGCAAGGCUGUUAUAUCACUACUGUAACCUAUAGGCCCCAACCACAGCCCACUAUGGCCCUGUAACAGAAAACUGUGUGGCUUUUUCUAUUUUAUCGUGCAACUGAGAUCAAACUGGGAACCCUUUACUUGGCUAAUGGACGAAAAAGACCAGUAACAAUUAAGAUAUUUCUGAGAAAAAGAUGAUGUAUUAUUUUACUGCACGUACAGAAGAAGAGAGGAGGAGUUGAAGCUGAUUAUUAUUCCUAAUGGUAGUUAAGUACAUCUUUGGUAAGAUAGCAUACUGUGAGACCUCUUUUGGGAAGUUAGUGUUCUGUUCUACAGCAGGGCUGUACUGUGAGAUAUUUCUUGAAUUUCUCCAGAGGCUUUUUAGUUUAGGUCUUUGCCCUGUGGUUGUCAAGGGCAGAAUGUACAGAAGGGGUGAUUGUACAUUUCCUCUGCUUUUUAUAUCCACAGGGCAAACAUGGUAGAAUUAUAAUGCUCAUUUUCACUUAGACGUACUUUCACUUUCAAUUUUCACUGAAAGUGGAUGAAUGAUUUGUUGCAAUUUAUGUUGAGUUAAGUAUUGAUGAAGAGAAUAACUUGGCAGUGUCCAUGAACCCUAGCACUGAGGUGUACGGUAGCACUCUCCAAACUGCCUCAACCUUGGGUGCUAGGGCAGGCGAGGCGAACAGCGUAGUCUUGAGGGGACUAAGCAUUGCAGGCAAACGUGAGAAUUCUAAUGACAAAGUGACACCAAAUGGUCCAAACUUUUGUCUGAUACCAAUAACAUCACUGUAAACCAGUGUUAGCUUGUCACCCUGACAGAUUCCUUUGAUUGGUCUUAGUCUCCAAGACCAGUCAAAGUCUACCUACCCAUGGCCGGCCCCGACCAAUGAAACGCUGCAAGAGGGUGGAAAAUAUGACCUGAUCUUGUGUUUCAGAACACGAAGGCACAGCGACAGCCCGACUGUGGAUCCGUAUCUGUCUCUACUCUUCUGCUUGCCCCAUAACCACAGUACACUUGGCACAUUGUAGAAGACCAGGCAGACUGACUUUGAUGUUGUUGACUCUAGUCAUUCAUUCCUGAGCGUAAGCAGGACAUGAAUACUAUCAGAAGAGCAACACAAAGCAGCUGCCUCGUCCUGCAAGCAAUCUGCCUUGAAUCCUUGGUAGAGAGAGGGUAGACUCAGCCAUGUUAUGAUAUCGCACCUGACACAUUUCUGGUUUAUUCUUUUAUUCCUAAAAAUGCAUGUGUUGGUACUUUAACAAUGUGCUUCAAAUAUAUUGUAUGUAAUAACCACUGAGAGAGGGAAACCCAAUAUAUUCUAGACACACAGCUUCUAAAAACACUAUAAAUAUAGCUCAAUCUGACAUUGGCAAAUGACACUAAUUAUACAGUACCACAAAUACCAAGGGGAAUUAGCUCACAAAUGAAAGUAGGCUACAUUAAAAAUAAAAAAUAUCCCUCAUGUUAGUACAGACAUAUACUCAAGAAAAGUUAAUACAGCAGGUUAAGAACUGGAACUAGUAACUAUUUGUGAUAAAUAUAUUUGGAUGUAUGAGAAUCAGGUGGUGUAAAGACAUCAUUUACACCUCCAUGGGUAAAUCAUGUUUCUUCUGUGUGUCAUGUUUUCUAAGUUGUGCAUCUUUUGUCCUCAUGUUUUGUUUUGACAUUAUUUGAUAUUUUGCAUGAACUGUUCAUACUGUGUGUGUUAAUUGUAUAGUUUUGUCUUUGUGUAUGUUUUGGGAGUGUUCUGUUUGUAUUGUUUUCCAGUUGUUGUUUUGUCACCUCAACCUAUCACAAGCUGCACCUAAACUGCAGUGCAGACUACACAUAUGAUCAGCACUCCUGAAUCAUACUUGGUAACAGUGAAAUAGUCCAUAGACCUCCCCCACCACAGACACUGAUGUUAUACUCUCAAAAAAGAACUGAACACUUUUUUACUUUGCUCCUCCUUGUUGUUGGACUGGAUCAAGACUGGAUGGGCCCCAGCAUGUCUACCUAGCAGCCAGCAGAAAUCACAGGCGCAAGGUGAUAGCCAUCUGAGAGGCAUGCUCAGUACAGCACACACAUCAGCAUGUGUCAUUAUUGUGUCAGCCCCUCUGCUACUGGACAGACAGACCCUCUGUGACACGUUAGCUAGCAGAGGACAGUCCUCUAUCUCGCUGUUAGCCAGUCAGCUCUCUCAGUCAGCUGACCUCUCAGUUGCUGUGUCAUUCCUGUUGUGGGUCACUUCCUGUGUCUGCAUGCCCUCAUAGGACUCCCCCGCCAGCCCUGGAUACGGGUCAUGCAAGAGGGAACUAACUCAUCGCCUGUUUUCAUCUUUGGCUCCAUGACUACAUCAUACAUUAAUAACACUGUUAUGUUAUGGUACUGUUAUAACACUGUUAUUCCCUAUGUCUGUCAUUGCUAUACUCUACAAAAUGGGUUCCAGACCAAAUAGCCAUGCCAUUGCCAGGGAAGCUUCCUGCUUGGGGACUUGGUAGGGAAACAGAAGUCAGCGCACCCAGUUUGUCCUGCUGUUACGCCCAUACUGAUACCAGUACUGGAACCUUGACCGAUGUAACUUGCCAUGUCCAUAGCAACAGCUCAGUAUGAGCAGGAGACAGUACUAAUUGUCCAAAGCUGCUAAAACUAACCUCAUCCUUAUUAACAUAGUUAUUUUCUGAGACUAGUAGCGAACCAUAAAGGUUGUCAAAGUAUUUGUCUGAAUUGCUGUGAAAAUAAGCCGUAUAACCAGAUAAGAUCAAAUAACCUCACAUUCUCUACACUCAUCUUUUAUGUAAAUAUGAGAUAUUAUGCAUGAAGAAGACUACAGUGGUGAAUACAAUAUAUUUAAUGAAGUUAAAUUACAAACCCAGAUCAUUUUUCAGAAAGAAAAUAAACACAGAAAUCUAGCAGUCAUGUAGAUAGCAUAAUGUCUUACAAACAUAACGCCCUACUUGAGAACUAAUUAGAAACUGUUUGGCUUUUCAUUUCUCAGUCAGUCAAAUCUACCUGUAGAUUUCAUUGAUCUCAUUGCAGGUAGAAGUUGAAAACGUAGCUAUAUAAUACUAAUCAUGCAGCCACAGACCUACAUAGAAUCAAUAUAUUGAUAUGAUAGAAAACCAGAUUGGCGAUAUUACUCCAAUUUAGAAUAUCUACCACUCUCUUGUAGCUCUCAACAUUACAUGUGAUUGAUUUUAUUUGCACAGUAUAGGCCUAUGUAAGCCUAUUCUGAGCAGGAUUUAUAGGUGGCUGUGGGGAUGCAUAUGCAGUGAAGGGCUGUAUUUUGUGAGGCGUUGGCUGCCGUCAGCUAGAACAAAAUCGGACUGCUGGUUUUUGUGUGCCUGUUAGUCAAGAAAGGGUUCCUGUUAGAUCCACCUUGCUAAAAAAGCUACAUGUGCCCAUAACAAUUGCACCUCUUCUUUUAUGUAUGUAUAGAACUAUAUAACAGUAGCUACUCAUUCUGCUAGUUUCAAUAUUUUCUUUUUUGAACAGUGUGUGCCGAUUACUCAAAGCGAUACGGGUAGGGUCUGGCACGGUAGGGGUUAGUCCUGGUGUAUGAAAGGUAACAGUUAGUUUUGCCUGCUCUCUGUGUUGUGUUGGCCAGGACCCUGCUCUAUCGCUUUGUAAAGUAUGAAGUAGUUUAAAGCUUGAAUAACAUAAAAUAACAUAAUAUAAUGUUAUUUAUGUUAUUUCCCAUGUGAAGAACUCCUGUAAACCUUGCCGUAUUGAAACUCAGUGAACAAGGCAUCUUAGACAAGCUGAAAAACAAAUGGUGGUACGAUAAGGGUGAAUGUGGAACCAAGGACUCUGGAAGUAAGGUCAGUCGCUGCAGGUCUUUUUAUACUGAUUGCAAAUUGCAUUUUGACUUAACUGUUCAUAUGCAAAUACUUAAAUACCAUACAUUUUCAAAAACAUAUAUUUUUUUCUUCGAUUGUUUUGUUUUCGUUUUCCUUUCCAUAGAAUGCAACACAGUCUAAGUGAAAACAGUCUAAACAAUAUCCAUCCCAUAGUUUGCCUUACACAUACUUCAUUAUCCACAAUACUGUCCACAUUAUUAGUGUUUACAUUACUAUUAUGAUAAUGAUAAUUCCUAAGAUCUCAUCACACAGCUUAGACAUACAGUAUGUAUUGAUAGUUGAAAAGGUGCAGCAUGCCUUGGAAAAAUUUAAAAUUACAUUUGUAUUCAUACUUAACAUAGAAAAAUGACAACCAUUGAAUUGUAACCAUUUUGCUGCUGUUUUGUUGACCAAACUUUUAUUGAAAUAUUGUUUAUUAGUGUCCUUACUUAUUUGUGUGCUAAUUGAGUAUAUUGAAUCUAUUAACAUUAUGCAGUGUGACUUCAAGCUUCCUUACUCUGACAAACUCCAAACUAACUUUCAAACCCCAGCUGGUCAUACAGUGAUCAGAUGGAAUCUGAAGGUCAUGUUUGAACUGUGGAAUGCCACAAUAAGGACAUUUUGUUUGCACACUUCAUGAAGUUAAAGGAUCUAAUAUAAACCAGUUAUUUAACCCUCUGAGAUAGUCAGAGGACAGGACACAGGCCCUGUAGCCAAAGUCAGGGCUCCCCUAUUAUAGUCUACAAAGCACACUUUAAAGGACACACUCAUAGGGUUAAAAUGCAAAUGGUAAAACUCUUAUAAAUGAAUUUCAAUAUCCAAGUUCGGAUGUUAGUAGCAGAAAAAUGGUUCAAUUCACAAUUCCUACAGCUUGCCACUUUGAUUUAAAUUGUGAGAUACAGUCAGAUAAUGGUACAUUUGAAGAACUACAAUAUCAUAGUGAAGUCAGGGCCUAUCAACAAUUUUUUGACCUGUACGACAUUGACCACCUUCCUUUAGGGUGGCCUCGUAAACGAGCUACAGAGCAGGGUAGAAUAAACCUUUUUCUCGACAUUCACCAAUCCAGCUUUGUUAUAAACUACCUGCAGAGUUGAACCACCUCCUGCUAUUGUUGAGGGUUGACUGACCUACCAGACAGUCCCAAGCUGCUCCCAGCUUUCCACUGUUGUAGCGAAGUCAUUCAGCAGGUCAGCCUCUGCCGUUUACCUCAAUACUACCCCACAGUAGGCAUGUCUCCAUGGGAUUCACUGCCUACACAGUUGAUAGAACCAUAAAGAGUUGUUAGGGUAAUCCAUUACAUUACUAGGCUGCGUUUACACAGGCAGCCCAAUUCUUAUAUUUUUUUGACCAAUCACAUCAGAUUUUUUCACGUUAGAUAUUUUUCAGAGCUGAUCUGAUUGUUCAAAAGGCCAAUUAGUGAAAAGAUCAGAAUUGGGCUGCCUGUGUAAACACAGCCUAAUAGUGGGGGCGUCGUCUACAUUAGAGCUGGAUUUGAGUCAGAAGCCUCUUGGGGAGAUUUUGCCUGUCUUGUUUGAUCAGGUCACAACCACAAUGUCUGUAGAAAAUUCUUAACAUUGUUCUUUACCUUCCCCAGGACAAGACAAGUGCUCUAAGCCUGAGCAAUGUGGCGGGAGUCUUCUAUAUUCUGGUUGGAGGGCUAGGGCUUGCUAUGACUGUGGCUUUGAUAGAGUUCUGUUAUAAGUCACGGGCAGAAACCAAAAGACUGAAACUGGCUAAGAAUGCCCAAAACUUUAAACCAGCUCCUCCGGCAAACACCCAGAAUUUUGCCACGUACCGAGAAGGCUAUAAUGUGUAUGGAACAGAGAGUGUUAAAAUCUAG